GAUAGUUGGCCAGGGGGCCCGUGGGCGCCUCCCUCCCGCCCCAGCUCGGGGGUCUCGCACCGGAUUCGCCGCCCCUGCCUGCUCGGAGAGGCUCCCGUCCGCACGGCCGGCAACGUUGUUUUGUGCGCCGGAUUCGCUGCGCCUGGAUCUGCACAUUUCCCCCCCCCCCCGCCCCUUCCAGUGUGUGUGUGUUUUUUUGUUUUUUUUUUUGCACCGGAUUGGCUGCGCCUGCUUGGACAGUUUUGCAAGAGGACCGGUUUGCACCCCCGAAACGAGACCCCGGGCGCAGUGUUGGGCAGCGGAUUGGCUGCGCCUCCUUGGACAGGCGCCGAUUCGCCCGGGCGGAGAUAUCAUCGUUGGGCGCCCCGGGGGUGGCCGCGGGGCUUUGCCAGGGGGCCGAUCGGCAACCCCCCCCCCCCCCCCCGGGCCCCGCGAGUGUCUUUGCGUUCUUUUUGUGCGUGGGUGUUGCGUGGCCCGGGGGGGCUCCGCGGCAGGGAUGCGGUGGGGGCGCCGCGGGGCCGGGCCGCGCGGGGGGCUGCCGGGGCUGGGGGCCUGAGGGGGGGGGGUCCCCCGAUUCGCCGCCGCGCGCCGGGGCCGACCGCGGCUGCUGCAUGUCCAGUGGGGGCAGGUUCAACUUCGACGAUGGCGGCUCCUACUGCGGCGGCUGGGAGGAGGGCAAGGCGCACGGGCACGGGCUGUGCACGGGCCCCAAGGGCCAGGGCGAGUUCGCGGGCUCGUGGGCGCACGGCUUCGAGGUGCUGGGCGUCUACACCUGGCCCAGCGGCAACACCUACCGCGGCACCUGGGCGCAGGGCAAGCGCCACGGCAUCGGCCUCGAGACCAAAGGCAAGUGGCUCUACAAGGGCGAGUGGCUGCACGGCUUCAAGGGCCGCUACGGCGUGCGCGAAUGCGGCACCAGCGGCGCCAAGUACGAGGGCACCUGGACCAACGGCCUGCAGGACGGCUACGGCACCGAGACCUACUCCGAUGGCGGGACGUACCAGGGCCAGUGGCUUGGUGGGAUGCGCCAGGGAUACGGCGUCCGGCAGAGCGUCCCGUACGGCAUGGCUGCUGUCAUCCGAUCACCCCUAAGGACCUCCAUCAACUCUCUGCGCAGCGAACACACCAAUGGCACGGCGUUGCACCCCGAUUCCUCCCCCGCCGUGGGCGGCAGCCCCGCAGUCUCCCGUGGUGGAUUCGUCCUGAUGGCUCACAGCGACGCAGAGAUCCUCAAGAACAAGAAAAAGGGGCUCUUCCGGCGGUCCCUGCUGAGCGGGCUCAAGUUGCGCAAAUCCGAGUCGAAGAGCUCUUUGGCCAGCCAACGGAGCAAGCAGAGUUCUUUCCGCAGCGAGGCGGGUCUGAGCACGGUCAGCUCCACAGCCAGCGACAUUAACUCCACCAUCAGCCUUGGGGAAGGGGAAGCGGAGCUGUCCGUCAUCGAGGACGACAUUGAUGCUACCACCACGGAGAUCUACAUUGGCGAAUGGAAGAACGACAAGAGGUCCGGGUUUGGGGUCAGCCAGCGCUCGGACGGGCUCAAAUACGAAGGGGAGUGGGCCGGUAACAAGCGGCACGGCUACGGCUGCAUGACCUUCCCGGACGGCACCAAGGAGGAGGGGAAGUACAAACAGAACGUUCUGGUCAGCGGGAAGCGGAAGAACCUCAUCCCCCUGAGGGCCAGCAAGAUCCGCGAGAAGGUGGACCGCGCCAUCGAGGCGGCAGAGCAUGCAGCGACCAUAGCCAAGCAGAAAGCAGAGAUUGCGGCUUCCAGGACAUCCCAUUCCAGGGCAAAGGCGGAAGCCGCAGUGACGGCUGCGCAGAAAGCUCAGGAGGAAGCACGGAUUGCCAGAAUCACUGCCAAAGAGUUCUCGCCAUCCUUCCAGCACAGGGAAAACGGGCUUGAAUGCCAGAGGCCCAAGCGCCGGAAUUCCAGUGAUGACAUCGAAGUCCUAUCGACGGGGACGCCCCUCCAGCAAGAGAGCCCUGAGCUUUACCGGAAAGGCACGACCCCUUCCGACCUGACCCCAGAUGACAGCCCCCUGCAGAGCUUCCCUGCCAGCCCCACCUCCACCCCGCCUCUGGGUCCUUCCUGCCGAAACAAGAGCGCUCACUUCUCCCGCCAGGUCUCCAUGGACGAAGAGCGGGGUGGGGAGAUCCAGAUGCUGCUGGAAGGGCGGGGCGGGGACUACAUGCGCCCCAACAGCUGGAGUGAAGACAAAGAGGGCGGGGCACGUGGCGUGAGAGGGGGGGUACGCAGCAGCCAGUCGGGUUCCUCCGAAGACUAUCGUGGUCGAAGCGGUGGGCACAAGCACGUGGCUUCGAACCACAAGCAGCGGGAGCGGUGGACGGACCCUCCUGCCACAGUGUCAUGGACUCACCACCGCUCCCACCACCACGGCUCGGGGGGUAACAAGCUGUUGGACUUGGAGGAGGAGAAGCUGAGCAACUACGAGAUGGAGAUGAAACCUCUCAUGAGGAUGGAUUCUUAUAUGCAAGAAAUGCACUCCCAAAAAAGACAUUAUAGCAAAAUGGGGCCCGGCAGGAGCCUGGCUGAGGACCAACACGGGGAAGAGCGGGGCUUUGGGGUGCAAAGACUGAGGUCGAAGGCCCAGAACAAGGAGAACUUGAGGCCAGCCUCUUCGGCUGAGCCCACGGUGCAGAAGCUGGAAAGCCUGAGAUUGGGGGACAAAGGGGAACCCCGGCUAUUGAGGUGGGACUUAACGUGCUCCCCGCCACAGAAAUCCUUACCUGUUGCACUAGAACCAGAAGAGGAAAAUGGGGACGAACUCAAAUCCGGAGCAGGUUCAGCUCCCAUUCUGGUAGUCAUGGUGAUCUUGUUAAACAUCGGAGUCGCCAUUUUGUUUAUUAACUUUUUCAUCUAACACGGGACAGUCUCGUUUGCAAAAACUGACGGUUCCACCACACACGCAUACACACAUAUACGUGUACGGACAGGCGGGAUUACGAAGCGAGCGACGAACGCCACAGCGCCAAGGGAGCGGUCUCUCUCUUCCGGACUGUCCUGUGACCACUCCCGAGUGUUUUCACAGAAGAACAACAAAACGAUUGAGUCUCACUCACAGUAUGCCUUUUUUCCUGGGUCAUGUUUUUUGGAUUUUAGCCAAAAUUCUUUGCUUGUAUAACACUUACGCUGUGUGGCAUGGCAGAAUGGAGAAACCAUUCCGAUCCUCCCCGCCCCAGAAAGGUCGAGGAGCGCUCCUCGGCGUAAACCCAUUCGCAAAAAGUUCAUGGAUGUCGGGAAGAUAGUUUUGCGGUUGCGCCGCGAGUCGGGGAAACUGCAGGGAAGACCCACACGAGUGGCUGUCUUGGUGCAUAGCUUGUGUGUGUGUGAAAUG